AUGGGUUUCUUUUCAAAGUCAUUCGAUCCAGUCAUUGACCUCCCAGAUUUAUCUGGCAAAGUCAUCCUCGUUACAGGCGGAAACGCCGGUAUCGGCUACUCAACUGUGAAGCAUCUGGCACGUCGUGGUGCCAAGGUGUACAUGGCCGCACGCAACAAGACCAAGGCGGAGGAAGCGAUCGCACAACUGAAAAUAGAGGGGCUAGGUCCUGGGAACGGCGAUGUUAUCUGGUUGAAACUUGACUUGAAGGACCCUCGGAAUGCGAAGAAAGCGGCGGAGGAAGUUAUGAAACAGGAGAAACGAUUGGACGUUCUGAUCCUCACCUAUAUCCACUCCAGCGUAAUAAGUCCUGCUGUCCUGACACGAAGCCUUCAACCGCUUCUAGACCAGACAGCAGCAGAACCUAAUUCAGAUGUCCGCAUAAUCGUGGUCUCUUCAGUCGGCCACCAGUUCGUAUCAGGGCAACCUCGUUUCCGCAACCUCGAGGAUCUUAACAACGAGCUUACGCGUUCGAUGUCCCCCUCAUUCGCGCGGUAUUGCAUGUCGAAACUUAUGAAUAUACUCUACGCUUCUGAACUUCAACGACGCCUCACCGCUGGUGGCUCCCCCAUUACUGUCAUCUCUCUUCACCCCGGGUCAGUCAACACCUUCUCCGACGAACCGGCCCUUGCCAAAAUCAAGUGGAUCGUCAAGCCCAUCAUGGCCCUCUUCUUUUCGCAUCCGGACAAGGGUGCAUACAACUCGGUGUUCGCAGCUGCGUCAGAGGAAGUGGUCAAGCAGCGCGAGAAGUACAAGGGAGUGUAUUUAAUGCCUGUAGGUAAGAUAACAGAGCCUGCGAAGUUGGCAAAGGACGAGGGGCUUGCGAAGGAGCUCUGGGAUACCGUGGAGAAGUUUUUACGGGAGAAGGAGAUUUGAUGGAGGGUUUGCUUUGUUGAUUAAUGCCUGACGAACAGUGGGCAAAGACGUCGAUCUCAGCACUAUAGUAUGACGAAACGGUUGCCGCUAUUGAUAUGUUAUCAUGCCCAUCCUGACUUCUGUUUGUUUCAUUAAUGUAUCGUAUUUCGUAUUUAUAUCUAGCUAAUACACUUAAACGUCAUUCGGUUC